AAUAGCUCUCUGUUUUUGAGCCGAGACAGCGAAAGCAUCAGGCACUUGUUAGCGUGAAGUCCUCAGAAGACUAGAAAGCAGGCCAGAAGCAGCGACAGAGAUAACAACUACAGCGGAAAGCAUUCCAACGUGCUGAAGAGAAGCGUGGAGGCUCAGCUCAGAAAUUAAAAGCAGAGGAAGGAUCCGAGGCAGAAAAGAACUUUUCCCACCUGGACUUUGGCUGUAGUGCAAGUGGAUUUGGACAGCAACUCUCCCUGUGGGUGAUUUCUGAUUCAUUUGUGUUUGUGAUUUUUUUGGGGGGGAAAGCAGUAGUCCACUUCUGGACAGGGUGCUUACAAAGAGGGCCACUCAAAGGGUUGAAGGCAAAGCGAGUUCAUCGCUGCCCAGCUAGGAACCAUGCAGUUGGAUAAUAUCAACCACGGGAGCAUCCACUCUUUCCAGGGUCACCGCAGCGUGGCCAACAACAAGCCUAAUGUCAUCCUUCAGAUAGGGAAGUGCAGGGCUGACAUGUUGGACCACGUCCGGAGAACCCACCGGCAUCUCCUGACUGAGGUGUCAAAACAGGUGGAGAGGGAGCUGAAAGGCCUGCAGAAAUCCGUGGGGAAACUCGAGGACAACCUCGAGGAUCAUGUCCCCUCGGCCGCCGAGAACCAGAGGUGGAAGAAAUCUAUCAAAGCCUGCCUGUCUCGAUGUCAGGAGACCAUUGCUCACUUGGAGAGGUGGGUCAAGAGAGAGAUGAAUGUCUGGAAGGAAGUGUUUUUCCGCCUGGAGAAAUGGGCUGACCGGCUAGAGUCUGGUGGGGCGAAGUAUUGCCAUGGGGACAAUUCCAGGCAAACCGUCUCUGUGGGGGUAGGAGGCCCAGAGAUCAGGCCCAGUGAGGGGGAGAUUUAUGAUUAUGCACUAGACAUGAGCCAGAUGUAUGCCUUGACUCCUCCUCCAUUGGGGGACAUGUCCACUGUGCCUCAGUCCCAUGACUCCUAUCAGUGGGUCUCUGUCACAGAAGAUGCUCCACCAUCCCCAGUAGAGACCCAGAUUUUUGAGGAUCCUAGGGAGUUCCUGACUCACUUGGAGGAUUACCUGAAGCAAGUGGGUGGGACUGAGGAGUACUGGCUCUCUCAGAUCCAAAACCACAUGAAUGGUCCUGCCAAAAAGUGGUGGGAAUACAAGCAGGACUCUGUCAAGAACUGGCUGGAGUUCAAGAAAGAGUUCCUUCAAUAUAGCGAGGGCACCCUGACGAGGGAUGCAAUCAAGCAAGAGUUGGAUCUUCCCCAGAAGGAUGGAGAGCCUUUGGACCAGUUCCUCUGGCGUAAGAGGGACCUGUAUCAGACCCUCUAUGUUGAAGCUGAGGAGGAGGAGGUCAUCCAGUAUGUGGUAGGGACCCUCCAGCCCAAGCUCAAGCGCUUCCUUAGCCACCCCUACCCGAAAACAUUAGAACAACUGAUACAGAGAGGCAAGGAAGUUGAGGGCAACUUGGACCAUUCUGAGGAGCCCAGUCCCCAGAGGACCCCUGAGCACCAGCUAGGGGACUCAGUGGAAAGCUUGCCUCCUUCCACUACUGCCAGUCCUGUGGAGAGUGAUGGAACUCUGCCAGAGGUUUCUGUCCCUCCAGCCACGGUGAUAUGAGCUAUGGAAUAGGUCAGUGGCUUAUUUAGGAAGGUGCUUUCCUUUCAAUGGGAGACUUCAGCCACAAUGGGUCUGAGGGUGUCUUCACACUUCAAUGGCCAAUAGGAGGAGAGUUGCUUUUUUCCUUAAGGACAGGCCA